CGCCCGCACCCCCACCGACGCCGUUCUCACUUCGCCCCUGUUCGACUCGACCGCCGUCUUACUACGAUGGCGUACGCCGGCUUCGUCGUUCUCCCGCUUACGCUGCUUCUGCUCAGCGCCCGGUGCGCCCACGCCCAGCCCUCCGCGCCGCCCUCAGAUAACUACAACCCUUACUUCGGGGCGCCCAGCUUCAACCCGACCACGGCCAUCGUGAUCGUGUUCCUCGUGAGCGCCUUCUUCCUCGUGGGGUUCAUCUCCAUCUACAUCCGCCACUGCGCCGGCGCCGACCCUCGUGGACCCGUGGCUGGUGCGGCCGCCCGGUCGCGGAUGCUGCCGUGGCAGCAGCAGCAGCAGCAGAGGGGGCUGAGUCCGAAGGUGAUCGAGACGUUCCCGACUUUGGUGUACUCGGAGGUGAAGGGGCUCAAGCUCGGGAAGGGCGCGCUGCAGUGCGCAGUGUGCCUUAGCGAGUUCGAGGACGACGACGCCCUCCGGUUGCUUCCCCGAUGCAGCCACGCCUUCCACCCGGACUGCAUCGACACCUGGCUCACCUCUCACGUCACUUGUCCCGUCUGCCGCUCCAACCUCGCCGAAGCAGCUGACGACGAACCCCCGCCCGUGGUCUUCCCGGCACUCGAGGCCCCCGUUCCGUCGCCCCAGGGGCGGGAGGAGGAGGCGCUGCCGACGCCGCCAUCGCCGGCGGGUCAAGCGACGAUAGUCGUUGACCAGUCGGCUGGGGAAGACAAAAAGGCGGAAUUGGCCCAGAUAGAGAGGUUGAGGCGGGAGGUGGGGUCGCGAUCGUGGCGUCGGCCGCCGAAGCUACCCCGUUCACACUCGACCGGGCAUUCGGUGGCUCUGCCCGGGGAUUACGUGGACCGGUACACCCUUCGGCUUCCGGAGCACGUGCGGAAGGAGAUCUUCGCUGCUCGGGAGCUCCACCGGUCGACGAGCUGGGACGCUCUCCCGACCGCCGACGAGGGGAGUUCCCGGCGAGGGUACCGCGGCACCGGCAUCGGCGGCGGAGGUACAGGAGAAGGGAGCAGCUGCGGCGGGAGGAGCGUACGUCUGGGGAGGUCGGACCGGUGGCCGUCGUUCUUCAUCCGGACCCUCUCGAUGAAGGUUCCGGCGUGGGCGACGGCGAGGAGAGCGGACGGGGGCGAUGAAUCGGUGAAGAAGGGGGUAGGGGAAUGCUCCUCGAGCGGCAAGUUCGCGGCCGUGAGGACGCCGUUCAACUGCCUCGGGGGCCGCGGCGACGACGACGAGUCAUCCGCUGCCGCACUCGCCGGCCGAGUCUGACCGAGUCGAGCUCAUCAAGUUUUGAUAUUUUCCGUUUCACUCAAUACACUACACGGACGAAAAGGACUAUCCAAAUAUAGGUGACGUGGCUUCAUCACGAACGUACAUAUAAGACCAGUGUAAUAUAUAAUGCCACGUUUGAUGUGAUCAACCAAACGAAAAAGAAAUGAAGUGUGAAUUUUGCUAAAACAAUCUAUUUCUUUUUAUUUUUAUUGCAUAUAAAAUAUUAAGUGGAUUCAAUAAAAUAAAUAAAAGUUGUUGGAUUUGCUGA